AUGCUGAAGUCGCGUCCUGAGCCCGAGGCGGUAGUCAUACUUCAGCGUUUGAGGAACGGCGACGAUGUCGGUUCGCUCGUAUCGUUGAUCAAGGCGGGUGAUCUGAUGACCGAGCUCAAAACGUCCAAGAACUCCUCGCCUAACUCAGAGCUCAGCCAGCCGUUACAAUCCAUGCUCAACCUCCAUCACCCAAACGCGUAUCCUCCGCUCCCUCCUCUCGGGGACCCUAGGGCCGAGCUGGGGCAACGGGAGAAGAACAUAUUCAGGGUGAGUCCUGAUGAUGAGGAGCUCCUAUCUAGAGAAGAUAUAGAGAAUGCCAGAUCGCUGGAACAACCACGGGCAGUUUUCGACGACCGGCUCAAACGCGUGGUGGCUGCUCGCUGGACCAAAGUGACGGAGAACGACAACGUCGUUAUCAACUUGAUAUCUCUUUAUCUAUCCUGGGACCAUACCACACUUCGGACUUUAGAUGAAGACUAUUUCCUUGACGAUCUCUCAGCAGGCGGGUCGGAGUAUUGCUCGCCUCUCUUGGUGAAUGCAAUGCUAUGCGCCGCUAGUCUGAACUAUGCGACAAUAGAUCCUGCGACGAGUAGGAGAUUAGGCCCGAGGUUCUUUGCGGAGGCUGAGAAGUUGUGGGCUGCUGAAAAAACACAAUCUAGCACCUUGAUGCAAGUCCCGGCCGCAAUAUUUCUUUCCAUGUGGUGCAGAUCCAGUGGCCUGGAAGAACUUUCUACAGGCUUCAUAUCUGAAGCCGUGCGCCUAGCCGAAGAACUCGGGCUCUUCGAUAUGGAAAGCCAAGAGAUCGACCAGCGGGAACCUCACCUCCACAGAAUUUGGAGAGGACGUGCCGUGAUUGCAUGGGGUCUAUUCAACUGGCAAACUAUCCAUGGAUUCUACCUGAAUAUGGCGCCUCGCAUCCGAAACCCGCCCCACUUUGCUCUUGGGCCAGAGUUCCGAGGUGAGGGAAGACAACAGUAUCCAUGGAACCCUUUCCCUCUCAUACGGCCAUAUCAGAUCUUUUACAAGGACCUCAUAUUCAAAGCAUACUCGGAUCUAUUUGCCUUGUUGUUCGAGUAUCUUCGAGUCCAUGACGCAUCGAACCCUACCGCAGAAAGGGCACUUGAGUAUCAGCAUACGAGCUUACUGCAUGUGAAGAUGUUAGAAUGGGCGGAUGAUCUCCCAGUGGAAUUGCUUCGGGGCCCCGAAAGCCUACCCAUGGUGAUCGAUUUGCACAUGUUCUACCACGGGAUCAUCAUUGGGAUAUACCGACCUUUCACUGAGGCCCAAUGCUUGAUGAAAAGGCUGGCACGAGAAACGAUGCAAGCCUCAUCAUCCCAGUUAAUGCGUCUACUGUAUAUCCAGCGUUACCGUUUUGAUGGCCCACCCUUCACUUCCAUGACCAUAGGAUCGGUACACAUUUUGACAUUCUCGCUGUUUGAAGAGCUAGCAAAGGCCGAGGAUGUCGGUCCGGAAACGUCCUUCUACCUCGUACUCUGUGCGGAAGCGAUGAAGCAGUACGGUGAUGCCUACGCAGCUGUACAUAAGCUAUUGUACGACCUCAUCGGAAAAGCCAAACGCGGCGGCAGAACGAUUCCCGAGGGGAUCGACUUAAUUUUCAAGGAUCUGGAAACACGUCUUUCCAGGAGGGACAUUGAUGGAGAUGCAUACAAGAAGUGCCCCAUUGAUAUUCAAAUCGCUAUCACUGAUCCCAGUGGCUCGAGAGUUCAAGACAUGGUUAAGGCGACAUACUCGCUGGAUGCCGAUGGUAUGCAGGGGAUCCGGUUGGAAGAUGGCGAGUGA